AUGAUAGAAGAUCAAGGCGUCUGGGAAGCAAUCCAGCCAGCGGCCAGUGAGGCCGUCGACGAGAAGAAAGACAAAAAGGAGAGGUCACAUCUCUUCCAAGCGCUCCUGGAGGAUCUCCUGACGCAGGUGGCAAGAAAAAAAAGGCUGGGAAGGAGGUCUAGGAUUGUCUCAAGACAAGGGGAGACGCUCGACGACGCUGCAUUGGUCAAAAAGUUGUUCGAUGCUGUGCCGGAUCGAUUCCUGAGUGUGAUCGCCGAGAUCGAGCAAUUCUACGACCUCGACAAGAUGUCGUUCGAGGAAGCCGAGUGGCAGGCGCGACAAAAGAAGGAUGGUGGCAACUCCUCAUCAAGCAACAAGGGCAAAUCCCACCUUGCCGCAGAAAGCAGCAACCGCGACCGGGCUGGUCGUGGACAUGGCAGAGGCCGUGGCAGAGGUGGUCAUGGCGGGAUGUCGCGCAACAACGAGGAGAGCUGCUCGGGUGGCGGUCGCCGCAACAAGAGCCACAUCAAGUGCUUCAAUUGCCACAAGAUGGGGUACUACGCGAACGAGUGCAAGGCACCGAAGAAGAAAGAAGAGGAGACUCAUCUCACUCGUGAUGACGACACCGAGCCGGCCCUGCUACUCGUGGUGUCAGAAGAGCCAGCACAGGAACAGCAGCACCAGCGGGGAGCUGUACUGCUGAAUGAGGAAAAGUUGAAGCCGGAACUACGCGACACAACGGAGGGAGUCUCCAGCUCUAAGGUCUGGUACCUUGACAAUGGGGCCAGUAAUCACAUUACCAGUGACAAAGAGAAGUUCAGGGAGCUGGACGAAGGUGUCACUGGCAAGGUGAAAUUCGGGGAUGGUUCCACGGUGAAGAUCAUAGGCUUAGGGUCUGUCGUGUUCAGCUGCAAGAACGGCGACUAG